GGGGACAAAAAAAAUGGCGCCGACGUGAUCCCGAACGCGAGCUGCCGCCUCGUUGAAGAAAUCGCCGUCGUCUGAGCCAGAACCCCCGGAACCUCGGAAGCAAGAAGGCUAGCUGAGUGGAAGAUGGAGAAGGAACAGUCCGGGCCCAGCCCGGACAUGCUGGCCACUGCAGAGCCCAGCUCCGGUGAAACCAACAAGGAGGUAUUGCCCUUGGAUGUGGCUGCCGGAGACUCCUCUUCAAUGGAGGAGGAGCCAGGCCCGGACCCGGCAGCCACACUCCCAGUGUGGGACUGUGGACUGCAGGCUGCCUCCCCAGUCCCUGGCCCCGGCUCCGUAACCAGUGAGGACCUGCGGCCUCCCAGACGACGCCCUCCAGCAGGAAAACAAAUACCCUGUUCUAGCCCUGGCUGCUGCCUCAGUUUCCCCAGCGUUCGCGAACUGGCACAGCAUCUCCGGACCCAUUGCCCACCUACACAGUCACUGGAAGGCAAGCUCUUCCACUGCUCAGCCAUGAGUUGCUCAGAGAUCUUCCCCAGCAUGCAGGAGCUGGUGGCCCAUGGCAAACUGCAUUACAAGCCCAAUCGCUACUUCAAGUGUGAGAACUGCCUCCUGCGCUUCCGCACACACCGCUCGCUGUUCAAGCACCUGCACGUGUGCGCGGAGCAUGCGCAGAGCCCCGCCCCGCCGCCGCCACCCUCGGCGCUGGACAAGGAGCCACCUGCGUCGGAUCGAGCCUCAGAGUCCGAUCCCGCGUCCGCGCCGGGCCUGCCCUUCCCGCUGCUCGAACCCUUCACGACCCCGGCCUCCACCGGGCCAUUCCUACCCUACUUGAACCCCGCGCCCUUUGGCGUGAGUCCGCCCCGCCUGCGCCCCUUCCUGGCAGCCGCCCCCGGACCGCCAGCCUCCAGCGCCGCCGUCUGGAAAAAGAGCCAAGGUGCUGGCGGCAGCCCCCGGAGACCCCAGGGCGGCCCCGACGCGCCCUCAGGGAGCGCGGCCCCGAGCCGCAUCGUGUGGGAGCACACGCGCGGCCGCUACUCCUGCAUGCAGUGCGCCUUCUCCACGGCCUCGCGGCCUGCCAUGACCCUGCACCUGCGGGACCACCGCCCCGGCGCCCUGGCUGCCCCGGGGCCACAGCGCCCCCACGCCCCGGAGGGUAAGGCCGAGGAAUGCGGGGAGCCAGGAGCGGGGGGCGGGGCCGAGGCUCCGGCAACCCCUCCUCUGCCCCACCCAGACCCGACCCCCGCUUGCACCUAAAGUGUCACGGAUGCUGUGGGGGGUGGGGGGUGAGGGUCCCACAGCUUUGAAACGCCGCCCCGCU